CUGCAACCAUGGCAACUUCGUGGGUGAUUAGCCAGUCGCGUCCAUCUGCAUCGCGUCUUCUUGCGCUGCUGCCUCACCUCUUUGUCGGGGGGGUGCGGGAGGCGCACACAUCAGCAAGUAACACCACCUCCAAAAUCUCGCGUUUCUACAAAGCAGCUCAUGUGGUUCCGGCGGAAGACAGGUCUGGCUUCCAGGUAAUGUUGGAUAGGAAGCCAGUCCGCACGCCGGGGAAGAAGCUGGCCGUGCUGCCGUCCCAUCCCUUGGCGCUCGCGGUGGCGGCUGAGUGGGAGUGGCAGGAGAAGGGCAAGCCGCAGCUGCACACCAUGCCCAUGAUGAGCCUGGUGGCGCACGCACUCGACCAGCCACGCCCACGCGACAAGGUGAUUGCUCACAUCAUGAACUACGUGCAUACGGACGCGGCAUGCUGCCUCUACGAGCGCGGGACCCUGGCGCGGCGUCAGCAGGAGGUGUUCGGCCCGAUCCUGGAGGCUCUGCGCCAGGACGCGGGCUGGCGCUUCCUCAUGUCGGACAACAUCGCGGGCAGCCACCAGACGGACGAGCUCGUGGAGGGCGUGAGGGCCUGGCUGGCAGGCCUAGACGACUGGCACCUAGCGGCUAUGGAGCAGCUCACCGGCACCACCAAGUCGGUGGUCAUACCCGCGGCACUGCUGAGGGGUCACAUCACUCCGGCCCAGGCGCUGGCUGCGGCGCGUGUGGAGGAGGACUUCCAGGCCGAGGAAUGGGGCCGUGUGGAGGCGGGCCACGACCUGGACGAGGCAGACCUGCGCAGUCGCGUGUUCGGGCCGUCGCUGUUCGUGCGGCUGCUGCAGAUGCGGUGAAAUUAAAGAGGCGGCGACUACUGCGAGAGAAGAGAGCGGCGGAGGGGCGAAGCCAUAGAUUUGGUGCAGGCGCGGAGAGGAACGGCAGGAGGUAUUGUUAGCGUGGGCCGUAUCGCCAUGCCGUUGCGACUUAUCGCCUGUGCUUCUUGAACUCUUGGGCUGUCCAGGCUCUGCAGACACAUGUGCUGCCGGCGCUGCUGGGGAACAUGGGCUUAAGGACAGAACGCAUGACGUACCAGUCAUGCUAUGAUGGACCAGCGGCCGAACCCUUGCCAGCACGAGCACUAUCCUCGAAUCGGUACCACCGCAUCGCUAUGACCAAGCUGACACUGAUGCGCCUAGUGCUGGGCGUCAAGAGCAGCGCCUGGGGCAAUGUUGCGCAGGAGCAGUGCCAUGAUGCCAGUGAAGAGCGGGGAACGUACAACGCAGCGUAAGGGCCGUCCCCGUGGGCCACCCCGGAGCCAGGUUCCCCGUCCCCAAUUGCAUUCUUGUAGUCAUUAUUCUCGUGCCCGGCGUGCUGACAGUAACAGGGCCAAAAGUGCCGACACUUCAAGGAUCGUUGGCCACGCUUGUCGGGAUGCUUCCGAGAUGUGUGGAGGAGGUUGGGGAGAGCAGGCGGCGUGUGUGGGUCCCAAAGAGGCCUUGGCUUCGCUGUAAAAGCGUGAUUUU